AUGGAGCACCACCUAGUUCUUCCUAGGUCCCAGACAAGAAUCAGGGGAUUACCCACCCCCAUGAUUAUAACUACCUGGAAUGUAAGGGGCUUGAAGCAGCCCCUAAAGCAAAAAGAGUUGAAACUCUUUUUGCACAAGCAUAAGAUUGAUGUAAUAGGUUGUUUGGAAACAAAAAUAAAGGAGCAUAAGGCUCAGGGGAUUCUAACCAAGGUUGCUAUGGGGUGGAACCACUGCUGUAACUAUCCAAUGGCAUACAACGGAAGAAUUUGGCUAUUGUGGAAGUCAUCAAUCCAAUUACAAGUACUUUCAAUUACUGAGCAGCUGAUACAUUGUAAAGUGGAGGAUAACAAUAAUUUCAAUGCUUUCUUAAUUGUGAUUUAUGCUAAAAAUGAUGCACAACAGAGACAAACAUUAUGGGCUGAUCUUAUCCAGCUGGAUAAUAGUGUUCAGGGAGCAUGGCUUCUAAGUGGGGAUUUCAACACUUUGUUAUCAUCUGGGGACAGAUUAGGUUUUAUGGUCCUGCCUGCAGAAACUCAAGAGUUUAGGGAUUGCAUUGACACUCUUCAACUGACCCCAUUAAAUUCCAAGGGGUGGCACUUUACUUUUUGUAACAAACAACAGGCUGGGGAUAGGGUCUACUCCAAAAUAGAUUGGGCAUUUGGCAACUUGCAGUGGUUGAAUUCUUAUAGCCAGGUGGAAGCAGACUUUCUAAAUCCAGGAAUGUCAGACCACACCCCAAUCCUGAUCCAAUACUUACCUCAAACCCAUACUCACCCCAAACCUUUCAAGUUAUUUAGCACAGUUAUGGAGCACCCUGACUUCACUAAUAUUCUUGACACUGUCUGGGGCAAAAAUAUUGUGGGAACCAAGAUGUUUAAAUUGUGGAUGAAGUCAAAAAUGCUGAAAGAAGGGUUGAAGGGAUUGAAUCAUUAUUUAGCAUCAUAUAGCCAGAAGCUCCAACAGGCUAGACAAAAUCGAGAGAUAAUUCAAGCAGCUUUACAUACCCAACCUCUCAACCAACACCUCAUUGAUCAAGAAAAGGAAACACUACUGGAAAUUGCUAAAUGGAAGGUAACUGAUGAGGAGAUACUUGCUGCUAUAAAAGGUAUGCCUCCUGCCAAAUCUCUAGAUAUAGAUGGUUAUCCCAUAGAAUUUUUCACUAGAAACUGGGAGGUAGUGAAAGUGGAUGUGCUUAGUGCAGUCAAAGAAUUCUUCAAAACUGGUAAGCUUCUCAAAGCUUUCAGUGGAACAUCUGUUACUCUAAUUCCAAAAAUACCCAACCCCUCACUAGUGAAAGACUACAGACCCAUUGACUGUUGCACCACUUUCUAUAAAAUGAUCACCAAAGUACUGACUAAUAGAAUCAAAACUGUCAUUGUUACUAUAAUCGGUCCCUCUCAGUCCGCUUUUAUGGAGGGAAGGAGUAUAACUGAUAACAUUAUUUUUAGUCAUGAACUGUUUAAGUGGUAUAAUAGGAAAAGGCUAUCUCCAAGAUGUGUAAUGAAACUAGACUUAAGAAAAGCUUAUGAUGCUAUAGAAUGUUGUUUUUUAAAGAUCAUGAUGGCUGAAUUGGGGUUCCCCUACAAAUUUAUCAUAUGGAUAAUAGAGUGCAUAUCUUCAAUUUCUUAUUCAUUAGUGUUAAAUGAGGGCCUAGAAAAACCUGUCCCUAGGAAGAGAGGAAUUAAACAGGGUGACCCUAUGUCACCCUAUCUAUUUGUUAUAGUAAUGGAAUAUCUCCAAAGGGAGCUGGAUCUGCUGGUCACUAACAAGCCCUUCAAGUUCCAUCCAAGGUGA